AACACCUAAAAAAUGAAUCAAAGUCUUUUCAAAAUGAUAAUAAGAGUUUUAAUUUUAAUUAUUAUGUUCGUGUUGCUAUUUAUAAUUGCAUCUGUGUUGUACAGUGUUAGAUAUUGGCCUGACGUAUACAGAUAUGUGACAGCAAAUAUAACAAUAAAAAGAAUACCGAAGAUUUCUGAAUUAAAUCAAACUGAUUUUGAAUUUGAAAUGACAACCGAAGAUUUUACGACAUACGUAUAUGAAUACACUUUCUCGUCGAUAGAUGGCGUUGAUAAUGAGUUUGAUUAUUUCGAUUUACCAAAAAGAAAUAAAAGAGACUAUCAAAUAGUUGACGAUUAUAUUGAAGUGUUGAAUUCAAAGUUAAUUGAUUACAAUUUUAUAAUAGACGAGACAACGGCUAUAAAUAAUUUGGUAGAUGUAAAUGGCGUAUUUAAAGACAAGAAUCGAGUCGACAAGAAAAAUGUUGGAAUAUUAGAUGAAUAUGAUUUCAAGAGAAGGACAAACCAAUGUCAGCCAAACGACCAGUGCAACUUCAACUCCAGCAAUGAUAUAGCAAGUACGGUGUUCCCCUGGAUUGCGACAAUCUUCUUGAAGAAUGGAACCAGUGAUCAGUUUGAUUAUUACUGCGAUGGAGUAUUGCUGAACGAAAAGACAAUACUUACAUCUGCUCAGUGCGUCAAUAUCAACGGUACAACAAUAAAUGCCGACCACGUGAUCAUUAUAUUAGGAAAAAGAUCAUUGCUAAUGAUGGGUGAUAAAGAAAAAGUUCUUAAGGUAAGAGGUCAUCUUAAGUAA